CCGUCCUCCGUCCGCACACGCAGCAUCGUCCGCAUGUACGAAGAAGUUUGCCUCAUCUGCGGCAGGCCAGUCCUCGCCGACGGCCGUCCGUACUGCAGCGACCAGUGUGAGAGCACCGACGUUACCUCCCCGUCCGUAUCCACAACAAGCAGCGCACAACCAUCGCCUUUCUUGAACUCUACCGCAAACGUCCCCGGCGCACUCGCCGAGGUCCCCGCACUGCUUCCGUCCACUCUCGGCCGCUCUCUCAAAGACGCGCACCAGACGCACCGUGUCCGCCACUCGGUAUCUUCCUCAUCCAACUCUUCUGUCUCUUGGUCGGCACUCGAGGAGGACUACGAGGAGGAGUCUGUCAACCCCGCACUCUACAGCGCGGGCACCGACGAGGAGUUCGGAGUACACCCCGAUUACCUCUCCGCCGAGGCCGGAUCCUCGAAACCCUCGAGCUCCUACGGCAACGUCUAUCGUAACACCAACUCUUCCCUGGCGUACGUCCGUCGGCCUUCAACGACCAACAACCGGUCGAUGAUCCCUACUCUGCACCACCGGACGUCUUCGGCUUCUACCCCUUCAAGUAACGGUAUCUCACAGAGUGUGCCUUACUACUGCUCGACAGAGGAUGAUGCCUCCGACGUGCCCUCCGCCUCCGCCUCUUCCAUCUCCGGCCGGUCGGGACGCCGCUUGGGCCGAAAGUCGACGGACUCGGUUGCUCAGAUCACGGACGAGAGCGAGCGCGAGAAGGAUGACACUGUGACGGCGAAGAACAGGAGGAACCGGGCGAGUCUCCCUGCCUACUUCUCCCUCCUCACUUCGACCUCGCCUGCCGGCUCCCGGUCGCAGAAGAGCUUGUCGUCGCUCCAGACGCUUUCUAUGAUCUCGCGUUCUCUCCAGUCUUCGUCUUCCCCGCCUACUCCCCGCCUCGCAAAGCCGGUCGUGGACACGACGACGGCGUUCGCCACCGCGCAGAUGGGACGUGUUACCAAGCCUCACAUUGUCACCGCGGACGCAGCGCCUCGCGGCCGCAGCAGGCAGCGUGAUCCUGACGGGCGUUCAUCUUCCUCUCGACGCUCUGCUAGCCGCUCGCCGGGGGCGCGCGCUCACGCGCAUCACAACGCCCACGCUCGCGCACGUCUGGACAGCAUGGAAAAGGUCGCCGACUGGGUCGCACACAGCCCCGUGGUCGCCGCUAGCGUCCGCAUUGCUCGCCAGCAGGUUCAACACCACCCCCACCACCGUCGCAACAGCUCUCCCCCGCCGCUCCCCAAGUUUGAGAAGUCGCGUCCCGACUCCGGCGUGGACCUCGACAUCGGAUACAUCAACACCGCGGUCGAGGAGUUCGACGAGGAGGACGAGUGCGAGGAGCCCGAGCAAGAGCGGGGGUCUCGGCGAGGACGGCGGCGUACCGACGAACUGGACAAGUUGCCUCCGUGUGUCGACCGCAGUGCCCCCGGCUAUGGCAACGGGCGUAGCGGUCUCAUGGCGCGCGAACGCUCUCGCGGGAGGACGGUGACGUUGAAGCGGUGAACCAUCCGGUUCAGUUUGCGACUGGAAUGACGAUCGAACGACCAAAACCACGACUGCAUGUACGACCUCUCCUCUCCACGACACUCGCAUUAUUCCCUAGACGCAUUUCAGCCUACAUUCGCAUUGCCUUCGUCCUCGCAUCUCUCCUCGCUCCAUGUCACCCAAUCCUCCCCAAGUUGCUUUGUUGAUAUUCAACUAUCGUUGUGCCCGACCGCGCACAACCACGCCUCCACAUCCUUCCCUUCCAUCCGCUCGCCUGGUCCACGCUCCUCAAAAGCGCCUUGGGUCGCCGCCAGGCUCACCGGCUAUCGAGACCGCCCGCUCGCCGCUCUACUGCAGCUUAUCGGUCGUCCUCGUCACCUUCCGGUAUCUAGCUGCUGCCCUUGCCGCGCACUAUCUAUGUAUCUAUCGCAUCGACUUGCAUUGCCAUCCGAGCAUCUUCCGCCCCCAUCCAUCCAUUGCUGCCCUAUCUCUUGUCACCGCACGUUACACCCACACUCCGCAUCAUCCGCAUCCGUCAACAGCAAUCUCUAUCAAUAUCUAUUCCACCUCCGCUCACGCUCACCCACCCGCUCUCACACAUC